AUGUCUCUCCUCGCCCUUCCUGCUGCAGCCGCAGGUCUUGCAUACCUCAACGCCCGCCACGGCCUGACCUACGACUUCCAGCUCCUCUCCGCCUUCAUUCGCGGCACCCUCAGCAGCGCUUUGCACGAACGUUCCGACACCCUAAACCUCUUCUACCAGCUCGAAGCGCACGCCAAAUCUUCCCGCGCUCACCACCCGUUCAUCAUCUUCCAUGGCCAAACAUGGACGUAUGCCCAGGCCUACGAGACGGUGCUCAAGUACGCGACGUGGUUGACGGCCAAGGGUGUGGCCAAAGAUGACAUCGUCGCCAUGGACUUUUUAAACAGCGAGGUUUUUGUGUGGGUGUGGUUUGCGCUGUGGAGUAUUGGGGCGAAACCGGCGUUUGUGAAUACGAAUCUGAAGGGGAAGGCCUUGGUUCAUACGGUCAAGACUAGUACGGCGAGAUUGGUGUUGGUAGACGAGAAGGGCAGAGACAAGUAUGAGGAGGAGGUGUUGAAAGAGCAUGGCUUUGUUCGUGAGGAAGAUUCACGGGCAGACAAGAUCAUGUACACCUUCAACAUGGAGGAAAGUGACAUCCCAAAGUCUGUCAGGAACCAGACCACAACACCACAAGCAGCCAUCGAAGCUGGCGCCGUCUCCGAAUCUCGAUCCCCCCAACGCCAGCUCGAAGUGGUAUGCUUCGAUAAAACAUUGACUGCUAUGAUACUCGCUCUGGCCCCAACCCGCCUCCCAGACUCCUCUCGCUCACAGCAAACCCGCACAAGCAUGGCCAUGCUCAUAUACACCUCUGGCACCACCGGCCUCCCCAAACCCGCCAUCAUGUCCUGGGGCAAAGCCACCGCGGGCUCGCACGGCGUAGCCCUGUGGCUCAAUCUGAAAACCGAAGUCAUAUACACCUCCAUGCCCCUCUACCACAGCUCCGCCUCAAUCCUAGGCGUAUGUGCCGUCCUCCGCGCCGGCGGCACCCUCAGCCUCUCCCAGAAAUUUUCCCACAAGACAUUCUGGCCCGAAAUCCGCGCCAGCAACGCAACCAUUCUCCACUACGUCGGCGAAACAUGCCGCUACCUGCUCUCCGCGCCCCCCUCCCCCUUGGACACGCAGCACAAAGUCCACUCUGCCUUUGGCAACGGGCUCCGCCCAGACGUCUGGGACCGCUUCAAGUCCCGCUUUGGCAUCACCUCAAUCUACGAAUUCUACGCUGCCACAGAAGCACCGGGCGGCUUGUUCAAUUACUCAGCAAACACCUUUUCCAGCGGCGCCAUUGGCCGCACCGGCACCCUCGCCUCCCUCCUGCUAAACAGAACCCUCGCCCUCGUCCGCAUCGACACCACAACCUCCCCACCUACCCUCCUCCGCUCCCCCAAAACCUCCCUCUGCGAACCCUGCCCUCCCAACGAACCAGGCGAACUCCUCUACGCCCUCGACCCACACAACACGCGCGACAAGUUCCAGGGCUACUUCAACAACACCUCGGCCACGGACUCGAAAAUCGCGCGCAACGUCUUCAAGCACGGUGAUGCGUACUUUCGGUCCGGAGACCUGGUACGCCGCGACAGCCAGGGCCGCUGGUGGUUUGUCGAUCGGCUGGGGGAUACAUUUCGGUGGAAGGCGGAGAAUGUGAGUACGGCGGAAGUUGGGGAGGCGUUGGGGCGGCAUGGCGCCGUUGUCGAGGCGAAUGUGUAUGGUGUUGUUGUGCCGGGACAUGAUGGCCGGGCUGGUUGUGCGGCGGUCGUGUUGGGCGAGGAGUUUGUCACGACUACGACUACUACUUCUGACUUCAAGUCUAUGUCUUCAUCCUCCCUUUCCAAUUCAUCUCAUACAUCUAAUCACAACCACCAACCCCUUCCUCUUCCCACACCCCAAACUCUUUCCUCCCUGGCCUCACACCUCUCCACUCAUCUCCCGCCCUUUGCCCGCCCCCUCUUCCUUCGUGUAACCCGCAACAUGGCCGCCACAGGCACAAUGAAGCAGCAAAAGACCGACUUGCAGAAUCAGGGCAUCGACGUUGCCGCGGUGGAACAGGCAGGAGAUGUCUUGUAUUGGUGGAGGGGCGACACGUAUGUGCGGUUUGGGGUGGAGGAUUUGAAGGCGAUUGAGGGAGGUAGGGUGAGGCUUUAG